AUGCGCUCGUGCCACCUGCCACUGGAGACGCUCGUCCUGAGGAGACGCAGAGGCGACCAACGCAGAGUGGAUCUCGGUGCACUCCGGCCUCUCGCCCGCUCCUCCUCGCUUCACCACGAGGACUACCCUCCCCAGGGUUACUAUCCCCAGCAGGUGGACUACCCUCCCCAGGGUUACUAUCCCCAGCAGGUGGACUACCCUCCCCAGGGUUACUAUCCCCAGCAGGUGGUUCUCCCUCCACAGGUGGACAUUGUGGAUCCUGAUGUUCAGCCUCCCUCUCCUCCUCCUUCCUCUCCCGCCGCUUCCUGCUCUUCUGAUUUUUCCGCCUCAGAUUUCCAGAGCCUUGAGGAGUUCCUGGACUUUUUUGUGCAGACUCUAGAUUCAGCUCCUGCCUCCCCCACUACUUCUCCUCUACAGGUCCCUCUCUUCCUUGGUGCAGCUGUCCCCUGUCCUCCUGGCAGUGCUCCUUCUUCUCCCCUCCUUGCCUCCCCCUCACAUGAUUCCUCUCCAGGUCCAGAGGAGUUUAGUUUAGGUUCAGAUCUCCCUUCUCCUCCUGUGUCAGAUUUCCGUGACCCAGAUUCCUCUUCAGAUCCUAACGCUGCUUCUCCCACUCCCUCUUCUUCCCACAAACGUAGCAGGUCAGGGGGCUCUGCUGAGAUCAGCUCGGAGAGGCGGCGCCGCUCGUCUCCUGCUCCCUUUUCCUCCCUCUCUCCUUCCUCCUAA